AUGUUCGCGUCGAAGCUGCGCCACGUCGCCAUCGACUCGCUGAAAUCCAGCGGGUCGCUCGAGUUGUUAAGCCAUCUGACAUCUCUCGAGCGGCUCGACGUGGAACACGUGCGAGAAAACGAACCGUUUCCCGUGGGUUUGUUCUCGCUGCCGUCACUGGCUUUCGUGAAGCUGGGUGACGUCAAGUGGAUGGAAGGAACCGACGUCAUGCCGCUCUGGCAGUCGGCUUGUCCAAACUCUCAAUCUCCCACCGCAAUCUACAACGCUGCCCUAGAAAUCGCUGCCGCUGAGUCGAAUACGACAUACCCGCCCCUCGGCCGUUCCCUCCGUCAUCUCGACAUUAGCGUAGGCGAGCUAGACGGCUCGGAGCGAAGGUUCAUGUCCGCGGGGCUGUGCUCGUUUGAAUGGCUGACCCACCUCACCAUCUCCAACCUCCAUAGCUCCGGCCUCCUGCCAAUAGCUCUCGGCCAGCUGCGUAAUCUGCGCUCGCUCUCGCUCUCCGGUCGCGUCCAGUUCUUCCCUCCCUCCCUUGCGCUCCUCGCGUCAUCUCUGCAGUCGCUGACACUUAUUUCCUCUUUGCUGCCCGCCUUUUGCCAGUUCUCCCGCCUCCACACGCUAACAAUCAUCAAAUACGACGACCUAAUCUCCCUGCCUGCGAAUUUCGGCGCAAUGGUAUCCCUCAAGAGCCUCUCCAUUCGCGAGUGCAAAGUUUUCCGCCAUCUCCCGGACUCCCUCUCCACCCUGAGAUCCCUCCUCCACCUCACAAUCAAAGACUGUCCAAGAUUUUCCUCUCUCCCAGACGGCUUCGGUUUGUUACCUGGACUGACCCAACUGGAAAUCUCCCGGUGCGUUUCUUUUACGCGUCUGCCCGCCUCCUUCCCCUCUCUCCCUUUGCUCCGCGUGGCCUGCUUCAGCCACUGCAAGUGGCUGCACUCCCUCCCUCCCCACAUGGGUCAGAUGCUUCGUUUAGAGGAGCUGCAGCUACCGACUGCCAUUCGCGUCGGCCACGUGCCACCUGUAGAGAAGGUCACUACGGCGAAAAAGGAGCUUGCAUUGGCGCUUUCCGCUCCCGCGCAUUCCGCUCUCUCGCUAUUCCGCAAUCUUUCCCUCACUCCGAGCAUCACUUCCGUUUCCCUCGCCGAACGCGCCCUCGAUUUCUACGACGACGCGUUUCUUUCCUCCUUGAUCUACAACUGCGCGAGACUCGUCCGACUGAGGGUGCACGAGCCGUGCUUCGCGGGAUCACCUCACUUCCAGAUAACUCUUCAGUCUCUGGAGGAGUUUUUCCGUUUGGCGGCGCCGCGGUUACAGGAGCUGACUCUCUCGCACUGCCUCGGCCAAAUGGAGAACCUUCCAGGUUCCAUCGCGUCCAUGUCCUCGCUGCGCGUGCUCCGGUUACACUCCAAGUUUCUUCGCACGCUGCCCGACGGGAUAUGCCAGCUAUCCGCGCUCCAGGAGCUCCAUCUAAGCUGCCCGUUACUGUGGCAGCUGCCCGAAGCUUUUGGGGAGCUGAGAUCGUUGGCGCAGCUCUCAUUUUCGGAAUGCACGAAAUUGCAGAUGUUGCCCGACUCGUUCAACGACCUUUCAUCGCUCACCUCGCUCCGAAUCGACGGCUCCUGGCAAGUGCAUCCUUUUUCAACUCGUAUGGGCGCGCUGCAGAAUCUGCGACGACUGGAGCUGCGAAAAUUCGACGGGCGGUUACCACUCAUGUAUGGAAGAUGGACGAAGCUGGAAGUAGUUACCCUGGAGUCGUGUCCCAACAUAUUCGGUUUCCCAACCUCAUGCUCCGGGUCUCUAACAGCUCUCACCAUCCGUAGCUGCCCCUCGGUGCGCCCUCGACUUGAUCGCAUCUUCGCGUCGCAGCUGCGCCACGUCACCAUCGACUCUCUGAACACUAGCGUGUCGCUCGAGUCGCUAAGCCAUCUGUCGUCGCUCGAGCGGCUCGACGUGGCGUUCGCAGGCGGAGACGAGUCGUUUCCUGUGGGAUUGUUCGCUUUGCCGUCGCUGACUUUCGUCAAGCUGGGUAACGUCAGGUGGAUGGAAGGAGGCGACUUGGACUGGGAUUGGUUCCUCGAGGGAGAAGGCGAUUUCCACUCUGCCGCAGAGAAAGCUGCCGCCGCCAUCGCUGCUCGCGGCGCGACAUACCCGCCCCUCGGCCGUUCCCUGCGUCAUCUCGACAUUAGAUUACGCCAGUGGCAACGCACGUGCCUUUUUCCAACCUCUGAGAGAAGGUUCAUGUCCGCGUGGCUAUGCUCCCUCGAAUGGCUCACCCACCUCACAGUCUCAAACCUCGAUGACUGCACCCUCCUGCCUGCAGCCCUCGGCCAUUUGCGUAGUCUGCGCUCGCUCUCGCUCUCCGGUCGCUUCCAGUACUUCCCUCCCUCCGUCGCGCUCCUCGCGUCGACCCUAGAAUCGCUGACGCUGCACUUUUCCCGCGAAUCUUGCCGCGAGCGCCACGAUCAAGCUUGCCCUACGCUCCAGGCCACGGUCGCGCAGCUCACGUCGCUAACGUACCUUGACCUAACCAACAUAGGUCUUCGUUCUGACAAGCCUGGCCUUGCGAGACUUGCUUUGCUUCGAACGCUACGCGUGGACUACAAACCUGCCGGCGAGUUUAUUGCCCAUGUCGACCUCCCGGAAAAUAUGGGCUGCUUGGGGAAGCUGGAGAUUUUAGAGCUCCCGCCUUCUGUCUGCGAGUUACCUUCGCUGGAAAAGCUUCAUGUCAAGUGUGAAUGCUUGGAGCAGCUGCCUGCAAAUAUCUUCAAGCUGACCCGUUUAGAGGAGCUGACGAUUGAGUGCUGCUAUCACAUGAAGACACUGCCAGCGUGUUUCGGCUUCCUUGAAGCGCUAAAGAAGCUGUCUAUAGAGGGGACAAAGAGCCCGUCGUUUCUGGACCCGCUCUGCGGCUUGCCCUCACUUGAAGAAGCAACCCUGAUUUGCGGAUCGAAUAUCUCCUCUUUGCCGCCCGCCUUCUGCCAGUUCUCCCGCCUCCACUCGCUUACAAUAAUCAGCUACGACGCCCUCACCUCCCUGCCCGCGAAUUUCGGCACAUUGGUUUCGCUCAAGAAGCUUUCUAUUGUGAAGUGUCAAGUUUUUCACCAUCUGCCCGACUCCUUCUCUGCUCUCGCGUCCCUCGUCCACCUCACCAUCACAGACUGCCCGACAUUUUCCUCUCUCCCACACGGCUUCGGUUCCCUACCCCGAUUGACCCAACUGGAAAUUUCUCGGUGCGAUUUUUUGACGCAUCUGCCCUUCUCGUUCCCGUCUCUCCCGUCUCUCCGGGUCGCCUGCUUCAGCCACUGCAAGCAACUGCACUCCCUCCCUGCCCACAUGGGUCAGAUGCUUCGUUUAGAAGUGCUCCAGUUACGGGGGUGUGUGGCCCUAAAAGCUCUACCGAACUCACUGAAAGUAGCCCGAGCAUUGAGGAGUGUGGACGUGGUCGGGAGUGGGUUGGACCAGGAAGGGGGAGAGGUAAAUGUAUGUCGAUCAAGAGUGUUCGUGGUUAGGAGGAAGUUAAACCAAAUAGGCAAAUAG